AUGAUAAGAAUAAUCUCCGAAGUUAAUUAUUUGGAGCGUAGAUUUCUGGCUUCCCUUUUCCUAACGCUAUUCGUGAGCUACACCAUGAGAAAUAGAGCAAGAGCUCACAAUUUGUUAUCUGCGAUGCUAAUUUUAUAUGUAGCCUUUGAUCACAAGCAUACUGCAUAUAUACUUGCGUCGAUCGCCCUGAACAUUCUCUUGCUUAAAUUCACAUCGAUGACUGAAUACGCAUUCACCCUGGUAAAUAUCAUUGUUCUCUACGUCUACAAGAUUUUUGGAGGUUUCUUUGAAAAAAGAAUUUCUGGGUCAUUUGACAUCUCUGGGGUCUUGAUGCUAAUGACCAUAAAGAUGUGCUAUCUCGGGAAGGAAUACGAUAGGAGAACUAACACUAUAAAGGAUGCCUUGUCCUACAUAUUGUUCAUACCUGGCCUUAUGCUAGGCCCUGUUCCAACAUUCAAGAAAUUUAUGGAAAAUAAAUAUAGAAAGCCGAAGAAGCCUCCGUACGGAACUUUCCUGAAAUCCUUCGGCUUUCUGAUCCUCUUCCAGGCUUUGAGGAUAAGCGUUCCAAGAAGCCAUCUUUUAGAGGAAAAUGUUUCGUUGCCUAUGAGGUUGGUUUAUAUAUAUCUCUUUACAGUGGGAAACAGGAUAAAAUUCUAUUUUGCAUGGCACUUUUCCCAUGGAUGCUUCACCUUCCAAAACUUUCCAAACCUUUUAAACGCCGAUUUUCUGAAGGUAGAGUUAGCAACGUGCGUCAAGGAUUUAAGUACUUAUUGGAAUGUGUGCACUGGCAUCUGGCUAAAGAACUGCUUCUUUGUCCCAAUGAAGAGGAAGUCAAUAUUCUGGGCAAGCGUGGCAACAUCUGCAGUUUCUGCACUAUGGCAUGGCAUAAACCCAUGCUACCUGAUAAUGUUCCUCUCUUUCUCAAUCUCCAUUCCAGUUGUAAAAGAGAACAACAGGUUGAUCCAGUACUUCUGCCCAUCUUUGUUCUGGAUUCUAUCCAGGGUCCAAAUGCUUAUUCUUACGACAUACUUCACUACAUCCUUUUUUCUUCUCAACAUUUCAGACCUUAUAUACGUAUGGAAAAGCGUGUAUUUUGCUGGUCACAUAGUUAUUGCCCUUAGCUUACUUAUCCAAGGUGCUACAAAGUAUUUUUCUUUCCCAGCAGAGAAGAAAAGAAUCGAUUAG